AGCGUCGCGAUUGGUCGGUUCGAAGGAGCCGGCGGCGGCUUGCUAAUGCGAUGGCGGCGGAGGGGCUCGUGCGCGCUGCGGGGCGGUGGGGGAUCCGCCGUGUCAGCUCCGCCUGGGUCAACACAGUCUGGGAACUAGAUUUCACCGAGACGGAGCCUUUGGAUUGUAGGCAAGAGAAUGUGAUAACUGAAGAUGGUUUGGAUGCCUUCACUCAGCUGUACGAGGCUCUCUACCCAUUUGCUGCAGAUGACCAGGGCGCCGCUGAAAGUAUCUGGGCCCUGUUUGCUGAGAACAAUAUCUCUCACAAUGCCCUUGUGGCUGUGUUGUAUCACUUUGUCCAAGAGGCUCAAAAUAAAAAGACUGACCUUCUGCAGAGGCUCUAUGCACUCCACGCUGCUGGAUUGUACUUCUUACUGGUUGAAAUUCCAGGCAGUAUCGCCAAUCAACUGUUUCAUCCAGUAAUGUUUGAAAAGUGCCUUCAGACCUUCCAGAAAUGCUGGCCUCAGGGCCUGGACAUGCCCAGGAAAAGGAAAAAGGGCCAAGUACAAGGUCAUCAGCACGGGAAAAAUAAGAGGGGAAGGGUGCCGAAGAAGAGAAAUACCGAGAUGGAUGAUAUCUUUGAAGAGGAAGAAGAACAAGAAGAGGAGCUCUAUUUCUCUGCAUCCGAACUCUUGCAAAUCCGGGAGGCCCUCUUCCUCCUCCUGAAAAACUUCCUGAGGCUUCUUUCCAAGUUCUCCCUGAAAGAGAAACCGCAGUCUGUUCAGUCAUGCAUCCAGAUCUUUGUUGACUUCUUGAGUUUUGAAUCUUGUCCACACAGCAUCGAGCCUUCAGCGAGCAUGUCUCUUGAUCAAGCCAGGUAUGUCCCAGAGCUUGCCCAUCUCGGUUUACGACUCCUGUGUUCCCCGCUUCACGGCCUGGGAGAUCAGACUCUGCGCUGGGUGUUCCAUCGGCUUCUGCGCGUCAUCCUCAUGUUGUCGGGGAGAGAAGGAUCCGGCGGUGUGCCUGCUACAAUUCCACAGCAGGCUGUUAGCGCCAGCCACCAGGCGAUCAAGUUCGUCAGAUUUCUGACCAAGGAAUUAGCAGAAGUCGCUUUUCCUGUUCUGCGAAUCUUACUGCAGCACAUAUGCGUCAAGUUCCCCGAUAAGUCCGAAUAUCGCACACAUGCAGCACUGGCUCUGUCCCAGUUGCUGUAUCAACUCCCUUGUGCGCAUCAUGCUGACUUCUUAGCAUGGCUUUACCGAUAUUCCUGCAAUAAUAAGAUUUCUUACAGGGUUUUUGCCCUCGAUGUUGCCCUGGCCCUGCUGGAUUUGCCAGAGAGGGAACCUGAUGGCUCCAUGUCUGAGGAGCAGCAGGCAUUUCUGAAGCACAAGUUCCUGGUGCAAGUGAUGGUCUUUGGUCGGUGCUCAGACAAAGCCUCAACAGUGCGCAGCAAAGCACUUUCAAGCUUCGCGCACUGCCUGGAGAUGAAAACCACACCCAGCAUUGAGAACAUCCAGGAGCUCUUCCAAAGCACUGUUGGUUCCAUGGCAUUGACCUCGCACGGGCCCACGAGGGCUUCCCUGUCCAGUACAGACGGUGCCUCCCAUCCUCAGAAGACCUUCCCAACAUUUAAAACCGUUGAAGUGAGCAACGAGCGUGAUACCACUGACUUUGACGGAAAGGAGGUCAUGACUAUGCUGAGACUGAGAGCUGGGGACGAGAAGACCAACGUUAGGAAAUCUGCCCUCCAGGUGCUCAUGAGCAUCUUGAAACACAAUGUGAUUCCAUGCACGCCAGACGACUUGGCCACGCUGCAGGAUCGGUGUCGUGAUCCCGCGGUCUCUGUAAGGAAGCAAGCCCUGCAGUCUAUCACGGACCUCUUAAUGGCUCAUCCUGAUGACGUCCUGAUACAGAAGGCCUGGUUGACGGGCAUCGUUCCCGUCGUCAUGGACUGCGAGAGCUCCGUGCAGGAGAAAGCCUUGGCUUGCCUUGACCAGCUCCUGCUGCAGCCCAUAAAACACAGCAGAUUACAGGAUGACAGGCAGAGUCUGGCCUGGGAUCUGCUGACGCUGCUGACGAAAGAGUGUAAAGAGCUGAGCCGCUACUUGAGCAAAGCUUUCCGCGUGUGGGCCAAGCAAGACCGGUUCUCCUCCACGUUUGUCAACGGGGUCAUCUCUCACGUGGGCACAGAGCGUUCCUCACCUGCCUGGAUGCUCCUGGCAAAGGUGGCUGGCUCCGCCCCCAAGCUGGACUAUUCCAAAGUAAUCAACACCUGGGAGGAGAUUGGCAGACAAAGCUCAGCUGACUUAGACACCACGGUGCACGUGCUGUGUGUGAUUGGCAGCGUUGCCAAGCACCUGUCCAGGAGCAUCCAGCACAAGCUAAUAGAUGAUAUCAAAUCCUGGCUGGAAGAUUUUCAGUGUCCCCUGGAAGCAAUCAGCCCAGCUGUGGAGACUCUGCAGAAGCUUUGCCACGCCUCCUCGGAUGCCGUGGAGGAAGCACAGGUGCUGUUGAACGAAAUCUGUGGGAGUCUCGUAUCUGCAUGUGACAGCUACAUAUCGAGUGUUGUCCUAAAGGAGGGUGGGACACAGCAGCUUCAAGAGGACCUUCUGGUGAGGCAUCUCUUCACCUUGGGUGAGGCCGCGCAGCUGUGCCCAGCUAAAGUAGAGAAACGUAUCUUCUUGCUGAUACAGUCCAUCUUGGCGAGUCCUGUUUCUCUGGAACAAUUAUUUUGGAUCUAUUACGAUGAUGAUCGCCCAGCAACUCAGCCGUUGUCCCAAUUCAGAGGUUCUGUGAUGCCUCCUGUGGUCCGAGCACACGCCUUCAUUACCCUGGGUAAACUAUGCCUCCAGCACGAGGACCUGGCGAAGCAGAGCAUUGCAGCCCUGGCUCGGGAACUGGAGGUGUCAAAGGACAUGGCCAUCCGCAACAAUGUCGUCAUAGUGAUCUGCGACCUCUGCAUCCGCUACACUACCAUGGUGGACAAGUACGUCCCCAACGUUUCCACCUGCCUGAAGGACCCGGAGCCUUUCAUCCGGAAGCAGACUCUCAUCCUCCUGACCAAUCUUCUCCAGGAAGAAUUUGUCAAGUGGAAAGGCUCUCUGUUCUUCAGAUUUGUCAGCGUUCUGGUGGACUCAAACCCAGAUAUUGCCAGCCUUGCGGAGUUCUGCCUGGUGCAUCUCCUGCUCAAGAGGAAUCCAACAAUGUUCUCCCAGCACUUCGUUGAAUGCAUCUUCCACUUCAACAGCUACGAGAGACAUGAGAAGUACAACCGGUUCUCCCAGAGCGAAAGGGAGAAGAAAUUGUUUUCUCUGAAGGGCCAGGCCGACAAAGGGAAGCGGAUGCGGAUCUACAAGUUCCUGCUGGACCACUUUACGGAUGAGCAGAGGUUCAACAUUACCUCUAACAUCAGUCACAACAUUUUGGCUUGCUUUGUGGAUGGAAUCCUCCCACUCGAUAUGGAAGCCAGCGAGCUGCUCUCGGAUACCUUUGAGAUCCUGAGCUGCAAGGAGAUCAAGCUGUCAGCCAUGAGAUCCAGGCCGGAGGAGGACCUCCAGCCGGAAGAAGACGAGAUGGCCAUGGCCAACGCCGUCAUGCAGGUGGCUCAGAAGAAACUGAUCUCGCAGGUUCAAAAGAAGAACUUUAUUGAGCAUGUCAUUCCAAUCAUCACUUCGCUGAAGACCUCGCUGGAGCAGAGCAGACUUCCGGCGUUGAGGGACCUCAUGAACUAUCUCCGGGAAGUGAUGCAGGAUUAUCGGAGUGAAAUCAAAGAGCUGUUCGCUGUGGACAAGCAAUUGGCGGCCGAGCUGGAGUACGACAUGAAGAAGUAUCAAGAGCAGCUGCGGAGUCAGGAGCUUCUGGAGGAACCGGAGCCCCUCCCCACUCUGGCAGCGGCACAGAGGUCUCCUGGCUCUGACAGAGCAGUGCUUCCUGGGGAACAGCAUGAUGCAGGUUCUCCAGUUGCCCGAAGAGACUCCUCGCCACUGAAACAGGGUUCACUGCCUUCAUCUAUUGGAUUUAUUACACCUCCUGGAAGAACCUGGAAGCCCAAAACCAGAAGGAUGUCCCUAAACACCUUCGCCAUUCUCAACUCAGCUAGAAAGGCCGUGGAGGCGGCUAGCAAGCAGCGCAGCAGGAGCCUUGGAAACCAGCCCCUUUCGAUGGGAAGUCAGUGGAGCAGUAAGCGAGUGACUCUCGGCAGCCUCACCCAGCCAUCUUCUGAAACCGCUGUCUUUGACGGCAGAGCCAUCAGUACCCCAGACAAGUCCAUCGACAAUGUGACUUUCAGCGCUGGAGUCAGCCGUAUCAGCCCAACAGACACGCCCUCUUCAGUUCAAGAAAAUCAAGCCCAGGAUCAGUCACAAGAGAUCAUUUGUUUGGCAGCCCCCGAUAAGCUAUCGCCACAGCCUCAGCCGUGGAAGGUAAACUCUCCAGGGAGAAGCUGCACGUCCCGCAUGGGGCUGCGCAAAUUCAGCUCCAAGACUCCCCUGAAGCCGGCCAAUUGACGAGGCACAUGUGCAGAAGGCAAAAACUUACGCAGAAGCAAAAUCAUGGUGUAUAUGAGGCGUGCUCCUCCCACCCCCCGAAUUUCUUUGCAAAUAAUGCUUGUGAUCCAUUUUUUCUAGUUUUGAUACAGUGUUCUUACUUGGUUUUUAACUGCAUGGUACAGAUCUCUGUUCUGGAACUGACUUAGCUGCAGCCAUUCCAGACCGCAUAAACUGUCGCUUGCAAAGCUUAGACCAGGGCUGCUUUCAGACCAAAGGACUUGUCCUGUUCAUGGAGGUCGGCUGGUUUCAGGUCAGAGACAGGCCUGUCUCUGGUGCCUGGCAUUAAUCAGAGAGGCGCUUGGAAUCCUCCCAUACCUAGCUCAAAGCACGAGCUCAGUUUUCAUCCUCGGUAUGAGCUCAUGUUUGGUCACCUAUCUGAGAGAGUUUGCAUGGACAGAAGGCCAGAGCCAGUUCACAUGGGGUAGAGACCCUUUCAAAUGGCUCUCAGGAAGGACAGCACAGAAGGGUUAGUCUUCCAAGACAUAAGAAGGGGGGGUGCGGUAUGAGCUGUGGGUACAGUCCUGAGUCACAGAUGUAGCUCUGCACACAUCAUCAGCCAAAGGUCGGUUGGUUCUGAGGCUCUCUUUCCAGCCACUGCACCGGGUACCACCUGAAAAGCUACUCCCCAAAGUUAGAACCUCUCGACUGAGCUGCCUCCCCCAAAUGAAAGAGUAAACCAGUGAAGGCCAACAGGUUUUCAAAUAGCCAUGGCAGGCAAUAAGCACUGUCGUGGGGCUGUUAAGAUCAGGGCUUGUAUUUCUCCUCGCGUGACGUGGAUCUUCUAGUUCCACAUGUCUUCCUUCAGGCUGUUGGGCCAGGAUCGUUCUCUGAAAAGAAAUCUCCGGCUGGGUAAGAGAACCCAAAUGAAAGAAGAUGAGAUCCAAACCCCAGUGCCUGUUUCUCUAAAUCAAGUCCUCCUGUUCUGGUCUGCAUAGACAAUUUCCUGGGGUUGGACCCACUUCUUAAUUCCAGCUGUUAUAAUUACAUGCCUAAUAAAUAAAUUCUACGCA